UCCAACAUUAAAAAAUAGAUUUGCUUGUGGUAUAUUUCUCACAAACCGCUACCACUCUAAUGAAUUAGUACUUCUUCCUUUAUAAUUGAGUUGUAUUGUUACAGUUUGUAAAUCAAAAUCAUUGGCUGGAUUUUAUAAAAGUUCCAAAUUAGUUCGAGAGUAAGCAACGACUUCAUUUAGUUUCCUGCUACGUCCGCCUCACACGUGCUCCUUUGAACAAGAUUGCAGACAGUUCAGAAUUAUGGCUGGGAUCUCUGCUGUGGAUGAUAACAACCACGUUGAAAAAGAAUCACAAACUUCAACAAAAACUGAAAGUGAACAAGCUGGUGAUGCGAAUAAUGUAGUUGUGAAUGGAUGUCACGAUGACAAAGAAGCAACGCAGAACUCUGAGGAAUGUAAAACAGCUAAAGAUACUGAAGAGAAAAUGUCCAGUGAAAAGAAUCUGUCCGAAAAAGAUUCUGUUCCUGCAACGAAUGAAAAUGAAAAGAACAAUGAACAAGAAAUUGUCUUGAUUCAGGAUACAGGUUUUACUGUGAAAAUUGUAUGUCCAGGAACAGAACCAUUUGAUCUCACUGUAAGUUGUAUGGAACUUGUUCAAGAGAUCCACCAAGUUUUGAUGGAUCGGGAAGAUACUUGCCAUAAGACCUGUUUCUCUCUACAAUGUGAUGGAGUUACAUUGGAUAAUUUUGCAGAACUGAAAACCAUUGAAAAUUUGAAGGACAAUUCUGUUAUUAAAGUUGUUGAAGAGCCUUACACUGUCCGGGAAGCCCGAAUUCAUGUACGACAUGUAAGGGAUUUAUUGAAAUCGGUUGACCAAAAUGAUGCCUAUAUUGGAAUUGAUUGUAAUUCUUUGACUUGUCUCAAUGCUGUAUUUUCAGAUACACAUGAUCGUAAAAACCGUUCUAGAUUGGAGUCUACAGAUUGUUCCCCACCUGAAUUUAUUUUACCAAAUUCUAAAGAACCACCUUUACUUUACUUGCAUCCUUCAAUUAAAGAACAAAAGGGCCCACAGUGCUUAAAAGUGAUGACAUACAGUGGCUGGAAUCCACCUCCUGGUAACCGAAGAAUGCAUGGUGAUCUCCUCUACUUAUAUAUAGUCACACUGGAAGAUAAAAGGUUUCAUGUCACAGCUUCUACACGAGGUUUCUAUUUAAACCAAUGUACAGAAGAUGAAUUCAAUCCUAAAGUUGCCGCUCAAAAGCACUUAUCACAUUCUCUUAUUGAACUCCUGAAUCAAAUUAGUCCUUCUUUCAAAAGAAAUUUUGCAAUUUUACUCAAGAAACGAGCUCAAAAGCAUCCGUUUGAAAGAGUGCCUACACCAUAUCAAGUGUACAGUUGGGUUUCUCCCCAAAUGGAUCAUACCAUUGAUUACAUUCGAGCUGAAGAUGCAUUUUCAACACGGUUGGGAUAUGAAGAACAUAUACCUGGCCAGACUCGUGAUUGGAAUGAAGAGAUUCAGACAACCAGAGAAUUAUCAAGAAAGACUUUACCUGACAGACUUAUUCGUGAAAGAGCUAUAUUUAAGGUAAACAGUGAUUUUGUAUCAGCUGCAACCCGAGGUGCUAUGGCUGUGAUUGAUGGGAAUGUUAUGGCCAUUAAUCCAGGAGAGGAUGCAAAGAUGCAAAUGUUUAUUUGGAACAAUAUUUUCUUCUCUCUUGGAUUUGAUGUCCGUGAUCAUUACAAAGAUUUUGGUGGAGAUGCUGCUGCUUACGCUGCACCUGGAAAUGACCUUCAAGGAGUAAAAGCUUAUUUUGGAAUUGACCCUGAAGGUCUGUAUAUGCUUGGAACUAUUGUUGUAGAUUACCGUGGCUAUCGCAUAACAGGCCAGUCAAUUAUUCCAGGUAUUUUGGAAAGGGAUCAAGAACAGUCAGUUGUUUAUGGAUCAGUUGACUUUGGAAAAACUGUUGUUAGUAAUCCAAAGUAUGAAGAAUUGCUCAAGAAAACUGCCCUUGCUCUUAAAAUUCAACCUCACAAGGUUAUAAAUUCUAAAAAUGAAGAGAUUGAGCUGUAUUCCUCAGUUGAAUGUAAGGGUAUUAUUGGAAAUGAUCAACGACAUUAUGUUCUAGAUCUUCUGAGAACAUUUCCUCCUGAUGUUAAUUUUCUUCCAGUUGAUGAAAAUGAAUUGAGCAAAGAAUUAAGGUCAUAUGGUUUUCCUCGUCCACAUAAACAUAAAUUGGCCUGCUUACGCCAGGAAUUAACAGAAGCAUUUGUUGAAAACAGACACAUGAUAUUUGUGAGGAAUGCAGCAUUGGAAUUCAAAGCAAAAAGAGAAAAAACUGACAAACAGUCGGAAGAUAAGAAACAGGCAAAUUCUGUGAUAAAAACUGAUUCCUUAACUGAAGAAAGUGCAACAGAUGUAGUGAAAAAAAUUGUUGAAGCACUUAAUGGAAAUAAUGAAACAUUUGUUGAAAAUGGAAAAGAAAUUAUAAAGAAGGCUGCUAGCUCUGUUGGUUCAUUGUCUGAUUCAGAAUUUUCAAUUGCAUUUAACCCAGAUGUAUUUCAACCACAUGUAAAUCAUACAGAUGCUGAUGAUCAUCAAUUAGGAAAAGAAAAACAAUUAGUGAAAGAUGCUGCAGAAUUUCUUGUAUUGCACCAUAUUCCAUCUUUUGUAAAUGAUUGUCUGGACCACACUACAUCAAUUAUUGAUGGAACCUCUUUAACAGAUGCUAUGCAUCAUCGAGGAAUUAAUAUACGAUACCUGGGAUGUGUAGCUGAUACAAUUUCUAAAUAUCCUCAAAUAUCUUACCUGUAUACAAUUGCUGUUGCAGAAUUGGUAUGUUUGUCUGCAAAACACACUUUCAAGGCAUAUAUGCAAGGAGUUGCUCAGAUGCAUUUGUCAUCAUCUCUUAGCCAUUUUCUUAACUGUUUUCUCGGAUCCUUCCAGUCACCCAAUGCACAAGUAGCAAUUGAAGAUCUUCAAAAGAAUUCUAAAAAGAGGAAUAAAAGGAAAAACAAAAGUGGAAUUCUCUAUGUUCCAGAUAACACGGAAUGGUUAAAUGAGACUCCAAAAAGUUUGUGGAAGCGCAUUGUCAAUGACGUACACGAGUAUUAUCAUUUUACUUUAGAAAGUGACUCUGUGGAUUCACUUGUAGAAAAGUAUGGCAUACAAAAAAUAUCCUUGUUGCGGUCCAUUUGCAGGAAAUGUGGAAUUCAAAUUCUGUUAAAAGAUUAUAACUUUGACACUAAGAACAAACAAAGCUUUUUUGAGGAUGAUAUUGUAAAUGUAUUUCCUGUCAUUAAAUGUGUCCAUCCAAAGGCUAGUGAUGCUUAUCAUUUUUUCACAAGUGGUCAAAGUAAAAUUCAGCAAGGACUUUUAAGAGAAGGAUAUGAUUUAAUUAGUGAAGCACUAAACCUGUUAAAUAACGUCUAUGGUGCAAUGCAUCCAGACAUUGCUGCUUGCUUACGGUUACUUGCACGACUCAACUAUAUCAUGGGAGACUAUUCUGAGGCUCUUUCCUAUCAACAAAGGGCAGUUCUUAUGAGUGAAAGGGUAUUAGGCAUUGAUAAUGCUAAUACCAUCACAGAAUACAAACUUUAUCUUAUUUUACAGAGCAAUAUUGGUUUGAUUUUACAUGCUGCCGAAGAGUAUGAUCUAUCCUUACGGUUCUUAGAAAAAGCUUUAGAACUGAAUAUUAAAUUUUAUGGUGCAAAAAGUUUGAAAGUUGCAAUGGGUCACCAUUUAGUUGCUCGAACACGCUCUUGUAGAAGUGAUUUUAGAUCUGCUCUACAGAGUGAAAAAGAAGCCUAUGCGAUUUAUAAACAAGUUCUUGGGGAGGAACAUGAGAGAACCAAAGAAAGUUCUGAAUGUCUAAAACAUUUGACUCAACAAGCUGUAGUUUUUCAAAAGAAAAUGAAUGAAAUCUGCAAAGGAGAAAAAAGCAUAAAUUUUGCUCCUCUUCAGAUACAGACUCCAUCUAUUCAGAGUGUUCUUGACACUUUAAAUGUCAUUAAUGGUAUUGUGUUUGUGCAAAUAAGCCCUGAAGAUAUUGAACGCUUCCGGUUAGAAAUGUUGAAACGUUCUCAACUUGGAACAAAUGCUGAUUCUAGUGAAUUACUUAAAAAUGGUGUAGCAGAGGACUUAGAAUCAGGUAACGAAGUGAAAAAAGAAAAAUCUGAAGAUAUUACUGGACUUACAAAUGGAAAUCUAGAUUGUUCACAUUUGACAAAAGAAGUUCUGAUAACAGAAGGAUGAUACAACUUAAAAUAUUUCACAAUUAUUUAAUUGUUCUAAUCAACCCAUGAACUGAAAUCUAAAUCUUGUCUCUAAUUCAUGGUUUAAUUUAGUUUUUUAUUGAUUUUCUUUAGAUUUUGGAAUGUGUUAAAAAAAAACACCUGUUUAAUGUUAAGAAACAUUGAGAAAUUGAUUUCUAAUUAUGUUCAGAAAAUAUUAUUUAUUGAUGAAAGGGCAAGGAUUUUUUUAAAAAGCCAAUGAUUCCAAAGUGAAAUCGAAACUAUAUUUUCAAUUUUGUAUAUUUUGUGAAAAAGAAAAUUCAGUUUUUGUAUGUUAUUAAAUUUAUAUUAUUGCAUUUUUAAUUAUUUGAAUACCUGUUUGCAUGCAAAUAUUUUUUAAUGAGGAAUGUUUGUUAAAAUUAAUUGAUUAAUUGAUUUGGUUUAUCAUUGUAAGCAUAGGCAUGGCUGUGUGCUUAAGAACCCCAAACCAUGCAGUUUUGGGUUCAGUUCCACUGUGUGACACCUUUGGCUAGUGUCUCCUACUAUAACCUCAGGCCAGCCAAAGCUUUGGUAGAUGGAAACUGAGAGAAACCCUUCAUACAUAAGUGUGCAUGUAUGUUUGUGUUUCCUUGUCUUGACCUCAUGUUAUGGUUAUAAAUGAGCAUCACUAACAUUCAAGCAAUGUUGAUUGUUUCCGGUCUUCCAUGUCUGGCCAAAGGAAAUAUUACCUUAUUUGGAAAAAGGUAAUGGUUGGUGACAAGAAGUGCCAAUCCUCACCAAAAUCUGCUUCAAUGAAUUCUCUCUGACCUAUGCAAGCAUGGGAGAAAUGGACAUCCAAAUGAUAAUGAUGAUGAUGAUGACUGUCAUCAUUAUCAUCAUCAUCACAAUCAUUCUUACGUCUGUUUUUCUAUGCUUGCAUGAGUUGCACAAAUGGUUUCCAACACAGCAUCUUGCUAGUUGCUGUGUUCCUUUGUCAUCUCUUUUAGAGGUGCAGCUCUGAGAUUAGUUUUCACUACAUUUGCCCAGGUCUUCCUUUCUCUUCCUCUUCGAUAUUCCGGCACUUCUUUACCCAUAUUUUCCAUAUUCAUUAUGUACCUGUACCAACAUAUUCUUUGUUUUUAAUGCAACUAGUACCUCUUAUACUUAGUUUCUCUCAGCUCAUCUCUUACAAUGUUGUUCAUGAAACACUAACACUACACAUCUUUCAGACCAUGAGUGCUUUAUUUCUCUCAAAGCUUUACACAUCUUUUCUGAUCACUGCCCACACCUCACUACUCUGCAUCUUUACAUGUAGUACACAAGCAACUUACAAUCUACCUGUGAUUUAGAGGAGAGAGAAUCCCUUUAUUGCCAGCAGAAGUAAUAGCUCCCCAAGCACCUUCUACAGUCUAUUAGGUUGCCUAAGUAACAGAAGCAAUCAAUUUAUUUCUAUAGAAUCUUGCAAACAUUAGAAAGCAGUUAUUUUAGUUGUAUUACAGCUGAAAACUUGUUUUACAUCUUCCACAUACAGUGUUGUGAUUCCAAUACUCGGAAUUUUUGCAGUCAAUUCUCUGAUAGCAAUAAACCUGUCUUCUUUUCUACUUUCUAAAACUUUGACUUUUGCCAAGUUUGCUGUGAGGCCUUUUAAUUUUAGAUUUUGUUUUCACAUCUGAAAUUUCUUUCGCAAGUCUUUCACAGACCCUCUUCUAAGGUUUGUAGGAGUUUCCAUGGACAGCCUUAUUUUGAACACCUGUUUGUUUACUUGGGGAAUCCUAAUAAAUAGGAGUGAUAUAACUGGGCUUUGACAAACCCCUACUUGCACAUCAAAUUCUUCAUUGCCAACUCUCACUUUGCUGACUGUAUUGUUGUACAUGACUUGUACUGUUCCCAUUUAUGCUUAAUAUGUAGUUGUCUCACAAUGAAGAGAUCACUAGUACUAUGGCUCUGCACAAAUCCAAACUACAUCUCAUCAAAGCUGAUUCUCUUCCUAAUUAAUUGUGCCAAUGUUCUUUCCAUUACUUUCAUUACCUGCUAAUCAUAGUAAAGCCGUAAAGCCUCGGUAGUUGUUCUUUCUAAAGCAUCUCCUUUGCUCAUGGAGCUGUUGGUGAUUAUACUGCUACUACACCAGUCUCUGGAGGUAUGACAUGUCCUAGAAUUACCUGGUUUAUUAUGUGACCAGCUUGAGUGCUACUUCAGAUGUCACAACCAUUUCUUGUCUUCAUAUCUUUAAUGACUGACCAUUUAACCUUAUAACUGUCCACUUUGAUAACUGCUCCCUCUGUUGGCUAUAUUUCAGUGAGUUCCUCCUCCUCUCAAACAUUUUUCAACAUAUACUAGCCUCUCCUUAAAACAUUUUGAAUACACUUUUCAUUCUGUGUGAAUAUGAAGUUUGUUUCGUAGCCACAUGGUUCUCUGUGAACUGCAUAGCACCUUCAGUAAAAUGUCUGCCACUAUAGCCACAGGUUUAUCAUUGCCAUAUGACUGGAACUGGUAGACAGAAACUGUAAAGAAGCCCAUCAUGUGAAUAUGUGUGAAUGCUUGCAUUGUGUCUUUGUGUGAAGCUAUUUGAGUAAAAGUAGUUACAUUACGUUGGCAUUUCCUGUUAACAAAUCAUCGUAUAGCUCUUUGCUUUUGAAGAUAAACAGAGUGGGUGUGGAAGGGUGGAAAGACCCCUAUUUGGCAAACAGGGUUAGAGUUAAUAGUAGGAAAGGCAGUUGAGUCAAAAAUAUGUCUCAAUAAAUACUCAUCCAACUCAUGUUAGCAUGGAAAAAUGGAUAUAAAACAAAUAAACACUGUAUGUAUGUCUACAUAGGUGUGUUAAAUACAUUUUACACAUAUCAUUCAUACCCUGUAAUAUUUCAAAGCAAAAAAAAGGAAAGGAAGGAGGAUAAAUAGCUUAAGUGAAAGAAAAAUAAAUUUUAAGAAUUUAUCCUCAUUAAGAAAAAUCUUUGCAGGUGGACUGGUAUUCAAAAAGUAAAAAUCUAAUAACCUGCAGAAGAUUUUCUGGCAAAAAUAUCCAUCUGGCUCAUUUAUGUUUCUUAGUUGUUGUUGUUUUUUUAAUUAUGUAAAAAAUUAUUUGAUUGAACAAAAAUUAGUAUUUUAUUUAUUAUACAACAGUUUGUAUUUUGUUUUGAUUUAGGCAAUUAAAAUUAAAAUACUUGAACACAGAUUAGAAACAAGUAUUUUUACAAUGUUCUUCUUAAUUAUAACAUCUGUUAAAUUGAAGAGGUACUUAUUUGGAGGGAAAGGAAAGGGCUUACCAAAAUGCAUAAUGCAUUGUUUAUUAUUGUUUAUAACAUAAUUGGAACCCACUUCUUAGAAAUCAAUCAUCAUCAUCAUCAUCUUUACCAUUUCAAUCAGUGAAUCUCUUUUCCAUUGGUUGGAUGGUCUAUUUUUUGUACCAAGACAACAAUUGCAGUUGGAGAAGGUAAUUAUAUGUCUAGAUAUUCUUAACACCAACAACAUAAACUGAAUUGUGUUGUUUAUGGUUACCAAAUAAAAAUUAAUGCCUCAGAAGAGAACAAAUUUUACUGAGUUUCUUUCAUAUCUAUAAAUUAUAGUUGUACAUAGUGAGAUAUCUUCAAAAUACAAUAUUUUGAUUGAGAAUCUAACAGAAAAAAAGGUAAUUCAAUAAUGUGUGGUAAAAAAAAAAAAACCUACAAAGAACGGGUGCUUGAUUCCUUCACAGUUCAUUUGCUUGUAUGUCUACGUCUGACCAAUUUUGCAGUCCUUGGUUUAAGACCACACAUAAACAUACAUAAAUUAAUAUUGGGUGGGUUAUUUUACAAGAAACAUUUGUUGGUAGAUUAAAAUUAGUCGACCAAAAACAAGUUAAUUAAAGUCUUCACAAAAUUACAUUUGUUAACUUUGACAUUUAACUAUUAUUAAAAAGUUUGUUUUAUAUUUUGUUUUUCAUGGGACUUAGUUAUAGUUGUAAAACUUAGAUUCUUAGGCUUUAGAUGAAUUUGCUGUGUGAAUGCCACUAUUCCAAAAUUUAAAUCUUGAUUUAAAUUUUAUAGGAAUAAAUUAUCAUUGAAAUCUUGUUUUGAAAAAUUGUGUUUCAUGUAGUUUCUCACAUUAAACAUGUUCUGUUUCUUGUGAAGCAUAACUUCUCCUACCCUCUUUUUUUAAAAUUUAUUUUCCCCUCAUUUUGUUUUGUUAACUUUUGGCAGCAUUACAAAGUCCCAAAGUUGAUACCAUUAGUUUGUAUGGGACAGUAUUGAAACAGAUAUUUACAAAUCCAAAUCUAGCACCUCUCAGGUAACAGUUCUGAUUCUUAAAAGUAUUCAGGCUGAUAUUUUCAAUAUUUCAAAGCUAAAAGGAAAUUACAGAACAGUCUACUCCUUAUAUUAGUGCUGUAUUAAAAAGGAAUUGGUUUUUCUUAGUGUAUAAUUUGAUAUGUGUGAUACCAUUUGAAAAAAGUUAGCGUGAAGAUUGCAUGGGCAGUGAUCAGUAUAUAUAUAUGUUUGUUCCUUGAUUUACAUAUCUUGAAAAUUAUCAUGGCAUAUUUGAUUAAUGGUUAGUCCACAUUACUUCAUAAGGAGCAUAUGAUUAAUUUCCUGGUUUCUCUGGCAUAUAUAUAUUCCUCUCUGGACAGGAUGCUGGCCUGUUGCAGGAUUAUUUAUUUUUACCAGCCAAGUGCAUUGGAACCGUGUGAAACGGAGUGUUUUACUCAAAAAUACAACUCCUUGCCUAAUCCAGGAAUCGAAACCACAAUCUUACAAUCAUGAGUCCAAUAUCCUAACUAUGAAGCCAUGCACCUCCACCAUAUUUGAUUAAUACCAAUAUAAAAAAAAUUCCAUAUUCAAACAAUAGAAUUUUUAUGUUUUAGUUUAAGAAACCCGAAGUCAUAUUUAUCUCUAGUAACUUUGGAUUUAAGGGAUUAGUUGGAUAGUUUUGAUAUUUUGUGAAGGUUCAUCACGGCAGAUCUGUAAUGUAAAUGACGAAAUGCGAGUUUAUUCAGUUUUUGUAGCUUGAAUCUAGAUUUGAAAAAACUGCUUUUGCUGAUUUGUUUGGAUUUUUUUUUUUUCCUUCAAAUUUUGAGUUGUGAAAGAAUGUUAAUACCAAACAUUAUUCGAGGUAAUAAAAAAAAAACUUUGUGUUAUUGUUAUAGAUAUGUCUUUUGUUAUGUUGUUUCCAGCUGUUUAAAGCAAGAAAUUAAAAGCAAAACCAUUAUUAGUGUGGCAAUGUAUGGUAGGUCAUGAAAAAAAAAAAGAAUUUAUGUUCAUUACAAAAAUCAACAAUUUCUGGAUGUCUAAUCACUGAAAUAAAGCAAUAUAUUAUGAGUU